AUGAAGGGCCUCAAUCGUGUUCUGCUGGCCCUGCUUUUUGCGUGCGGUGUUUAUGCUGAAGCUCAGGGUCCCAAACAUUGCCUCGGUGAACUAGAUGACGAUUCUCAGGCUCAAUCUGCUACUGAGGUAGUUGUCUGGGUCAACGAGAAUGGAGAUCUGAUCCGCACAGAGACGAACCGUAUUGCUGCCACGCCUGCGCCGCAAGAAAAGACCCGCCACGCGGAUGCCCAUACAACAAUAUUGAUACCAGAGCCGGAUGCAACACAGGACGCUUGGGCUACACCACCAACACCACCCCAGGAGGAACCAACACAGAUCAAGAAGCCAAUCGACGCACCUAGGCUGCAGAAGAAACCUCAGCCUCCUGCGCAACAUCCCCAUCCGGCUCAACACCCUCACCCGGACCACCAUGAAGAGGAGCACCGCAAAUUCGGAAUCUCCUACUCACCAUACAACGCAGAUAGGAGCUGCAAAAACCAAGAACAAGUUAACAAAGAUCUCGAUCAAUUAACGGAAUACGCCUUUGUCCGCAUAUAUGGCACAGAUUGUGGCCAGACAACCACCGUCGCCAGAGCAGCACGGCAACACCACAUGCAAGUUUUCGCCGGUGUCUACGACUUGGAGAACUUCCCCGAGAGCCUGAAGGCAUUCAACGAUGCGGCUACCCUGCCCGAUGGGAAGAAAGAUUGGUCGGUAUUCCACACUAUCGCCAUUGGCAACGAACUAGUGAAUGGCGGUCUGGCGGCACCCGCAGACGUGACUAGGGCCGUGAACGGAGCUCGAACCAUGCUCCGCAAGGAAGGGUACCAAGGACCCGUUGUGACAGUUGAUACCUUCUCUGUCCUUCUCAAACACCCAGAGCUAUGCAUUGCUUCGGACUAUUGCGCUGCAAACUGCCAUGCCUUCUUCGACGCAACCCAGCAUCCAUACAACGCAGGCCCAUAUGUCCUCGAGCAAGCUCAUGCUGUCUCCGCCGCAGCUGGCGGUAAACGCACAAUCAUCACCGAGUCCGGCUGGCCACAUGCUGGUCAGUCAAACGGCGCGGCUGUCCCGUCACCUGAGAACCAGCGCGUGGCUAUUGACAGCAUUCGUCGCAGCUUUGCGCACCGCGAGGACGAUCUUGUGCUAUUCACUGCCUACGACGAUCUCUGGAAGCAGGAUAACCGGUACACAUUCAAUGCCGAGCGAUUCUGGGGCAUCUACCAGCGGUAG